AUGGCUGCCCGGGCCGCGGAAUCAAGCUGCAUUAUUGCGUGGCGACAGAAGGCUUCGGCCCAGGUCCGGAAAGCCCACGAGCACAUAAACGUGUCGAAGGGGCAGGCCACUUCGUUCCAGCACUCCGCCAAGCUCCUUCACUUGCUGCGAAGCUUUUCCGGGGACAUGGCGAUGUUCGACCAAGUCGCCGCUGCAAGCAAGGCGGGCAAACUGCCAUUGCAACAUGCGGCCAAGCGCCCGGAGGUCAUGCCUCUCUGUCACCUCGUGGACCAACACACCUACCGCGGCAUCGCCCACGUCCUUGGGGAAGGCGCAGAGUCCACCUUCGCUUUGCGCUUCCAGUCGCUUUUCAGCAAGUGCACGGGUUUCAACCCGCGCCUGGCCGAUCCGGAAGGCUUCGAGUCCAGGAUUGAGGUGCAGAGGGCCCGCUUCGCUCAGCAGUGCUGCCUCAAUGCUGCGCAGCAGAAGCCAAAGACUCUGCUUCCUCUCAUCUCUGAUGGUGCCUGGGUCAGCCUGGAGCUUGAUCCCGGCGUCCUCUCUGCUGCCGUCGGCCCCGUGCCCACGAAGGUCCGAGGCAAGCGCGGAAGCCGAGACCUGUUGGUCUUACUGGGGGUACGGUGUCCGGAAGACGAGGUCGUCAUGCAGAAGCCAGCAAGGGCCACACGCGACCUCUUUGGCGACCUGACAGACCAGGAGCGGACCGAAGCUGUAGCUGCCGUUCGCAGCCAGCAGCUUCGAGUGCAGUCACUGCUGCUUCCAGGCCUGCACGAGGCCAAGUUCGUUGAUGGGUCUUGGCACGUCGAUGGCACCAAGUGGGCCGACCUUGUGAGCAAGGGCAUCCGGAUCAAGGUGCCGCAGGUGGCCGCACCCUCUUGGUGCGACACCUUGAACAGCAAGAAUGCAGAAGCCUUGCUACGGAAUGACGCGGCUCUGGAAGAGGCCCUCGGAGUUACCGGAGCCGGCAUGAUUCCACGUGCAGAGGAGGUGGUGCUGACCCUGGUGAGCUCCUUGCCGCAUGCAGUGUCGCUGAGGGCUGUCUCCCUCCUUCGGCAACAGUAUGUGAGUGUCUCCAUGCCAACGCCUUCGCUGCAGGGCGGUUUGGCCGAUCAGCUGGCUGCCUACGACGGAGAUUGGCUGGUGUAUCGACUGCUGGUCCUCAUUUCGCGCACUGCCCCGACAGCGCUGCGUCCCACGAUGCCACCGAACUUCACUGUGACCAAUCCCGUCAUCCUGCGGGUGGUUGAAGGAUGGAUAAUGGCUGGUGUGGAGCGGGCCAUGCUCCGCCAAAAUGCUGCUGCCUCCAUACCCAAAAGCUCUGCUCAGUGGGAGGGGCAUACAUCCUGGACUGCCAUGUCACAUGCCGACGAGUCUCUCCUGGAGCACCAGCGUGAAGCCGUCGACAGGAUGCACCAGCGAGAUCGGGAAAUGAAAUGUGGAGGACACUUCCUCAUCAUGGACACUGGCCUGGGCAAGACGGUGACAUCACUGGUCUACGCCUACAGGUGGCUUUGCAGCACAGGCGGCAAGGCAGUGCGACGAAUCCUUUGGGUCACCCCAGCCGGCACGGUGGAGAAUCUGGUGAAGCAGCUAUGUCAAACGUGGCAUUGUCCCACGCACGUUGUGCCACGGAUCUCAUCCGCCAAAAAGCCCAAAGCCGGGGAAGGAUUCGAGCUGGUUCUCAAGGAUUUCAUGGUGAAUGUGAUCCACGCAGAUCACCUGCGAACUGCCAUCGACAAAGGCUUGGCCGAGCAGGCUACAUCCUCGUUCAUCAUCUUUGAUGAAGUGGAUGAGAUGUAUGCACCAACACUGCGAACUUCUGCGGCCCGCAGACUGUGCCAACUCUGCCCAAAGUUCGUCGCGCAAACAGCGACCCCAAUGCGCAAGAACGAGUCACAGUUAUUGGCAUGGUUGGCGGACACAUGCUCAUUCCCGGUUGAUACCAAGAAUUGGCUUGUGGCGGCCUCUGGAAUGGUGUCGAUGCAGCUGGAGCUAGGAAUUGCAGCUGUCGAGGAAGACAUUCUCGUGCCGAUGGUAGAUGAGGUUCGCGCUCUGUGCCGCAAGCUGCUCUCCUCGAGCUCUACCGUGCGAUGGCUGGAGAUGGCACGUGUGGUGCAGGAACACACAGACAAGGCCAUGGCAGAGGCGGCAGUGAAAGCUGCAAAGCAGGACCGCAAAUCCCACGCGGACGGUGGAGUUCUUCUGGUUGCCGAUUCGCUGCAGCAUGCCGCGAAGCUGAGAGAUCUUUGCAGCCCUCAUCUUCCUACGGGCGACUUCGCCUCCUUAGAAGCGCCAGAUGCAAAGCGCUUUGCAAUCGUUGUGGUCACGAAGGACAAAGAUCGGGGAUACAACUCCGCAAGGCGCCUCGGAGUCAUGGUGACCGGAGCCUAUGCAGGCAACGCUGCAUCGAGACAUCAGCUGCGCGGUCGACUGCGACGUCUGGGGCAGAAGCGCAAGGAGGUAAGGUUCGUGACCGUCUGCAUGGAGAAUUCUAUCCUCCACCUGCUUCAUCAACGCCACAGUGCUGUGGAUACGAUGAACAUUUCGCUCGAGCAGCUUGGACAGCGCUUCAGCGCAGAGGCAGCAAAGGUCUUUGCCAUCAGAAGAUUUGCCGAGGGUCAGACGACGACACUGCCCUCCGCUAUGGCACUUCGCCUGGUCUUGGGGGCGAAACCCGGCGCUGGCAGGCUGCUGGCAAAGCUGUCGGAUAGCUUUGCGGCUCUCUGCUCCCAAGCGCCUCUUAAGCCAUCGGACGAGGAAGUGUUGCCAUUCUUGACACAGCUGCAGCUCGCGGUGGAGGCCCUUCCCGCACAGCGCGGCGUUCAGUUCCUGGGCUUGGGCCUGUCCACCCCGUCGGGAACACUGCGGGAGGCUUUGACAGGGGAAGUUGACGGCCUCUCCGCGCUCCAUCCGGGAAACCUCCUGCUUUGGCGAGGUUGCACGUCCGUGACCUCUGAUCCCAUGCUGGCCAAGGAGGCCGCAUUGGAAGGAGGAAGUGUUGCACUCGUUUUCAAGGGAGCCACGGCCGCCCCGGCCUUUGAAGAUGUGACCUCCCAGCCACGGUGGGCUGUGGCAGCUGCCACCGUCAUGGCGGCUUUGGCCAUGCGAAAGUACAGCAGAGUGGCGUUGGCAGCAAAGGGCAGCAAGAAGCCAAUGCUUCGUAACAUGGAAGCACCGGAGACUGCGGAUGCUGUGCGCGAGGAGCGCAAGAAGGGUGCUAAGCGGGUGCGUGGAGGCGAGAAAGGGCAGAGGUUCUUCAGUACCCGCAACCGCAAGUUCUGGGACUUCACGAAUUGGCCACGCACAUACUGGCAGCGCCAGUGGGAGAAGAAGGACUUCCUCUACGCUCUCUUCUUUGGCGCAAUCCACGUAGGAGCCUGCUUCGCACCAUUUUACUUCACGUGGAAGGCCUUCGCCUGCUUCUUUGUCGGCUAUGUCAUCACCGGAAUGCUCGGCAUUACGCUGUCGUACCAUCGACAGCUUGCCCACCUCUCCUUCAAGAGCCCAAAGAUCGUUGAGUACUUCCUUGCCUACUGCGGAUCCUUGGCGGUGCAAAGCCAUCCCAUCAACUGGGUGUCCUCUCAUCGACAUCAUCACGGCGCCACUGACACGGCCAACGAUGUGCACUCCCCGAAGGAUGGCUUUUGGUGGUCCCAUGCCGGCUGGCUCCUCGACCAGAAGGGCACGUGGAUGAGGGUGGACCGCUCCAACGCCGAAGACCUGAGCAAGCAGUGGUUCUAUCGCUUCAUGCAGAAGACCUACGCACUCCACGCCAUCGUGCUUCCCAUCAUCGGUCUCUACUACUUCGGCGGCCUGCCCUGUGUUUUUUGGGGCUUCUUCGCCCGCACCGUGUGGACGUGGCAUGUGACCUGGGCGGUGAAUUCCGUCAGCCAUGUUUGGGGAUUCCAGGACUGGAACACCGGCGACAUUUCGAUGAACAAUUGGCUGGUUGGUAUCCUGGCAUUCGGUGAAGGAUGGCACAACAACCACCAUGCCUUCGAGACUUCGUGCAGGCAUGGGCU